AUGUUUAAUCCUCAUGUAGAACAUUUGAAAGGUAAACUUAUGAAAAUACAUGACCAGCUUCGUACUUUUCAAUUUCAUCGCAGUAAAAGGGGACUCAUUAACGGCCUUGGAUCUAUAAUUAAAUCUAUAUCUGGUAAUUUAGAUUAUACUGAUGCAAUUAAAUAUGAAAAUGCUAUUAAUUUGUUACAAGAAAACGAUGCAACAUUAGAGUCUGAAAUUAAUACCCGAAUAAGUUUAAAUAAAGAGUGGAUUACGCAAAGUUCCAAAGUUAUAGAAGACAUUAUAUUGAAUCAAGAAUCAAUUGAUAAAUAUGUAAAAUUAAUUUUAGAUAAAAAUAAUCAGUUAGAAGCUGAUUUAAUUGAGUAUGCUCAUCUAGCUCAGCAUCUCUUUAUUCUAUCGGAUAAUAUAGAAGAUUUAUCUGAGGAGUUAUUUAGCUUAGGAAAUACAUUAUCGUUUAUACGUGCAUCGAGCACUCCUUAUUCGUUAAUCGAUUUAGAAGAGGUUAAGCAUAUAUUAGAUAAGUUAAGGGUUUUAUAUUCAAAAGAUGAAAUCCUUGAUAUAGAAUUUAGGAAUUUUUAUGAAAUAAUUAAGUUAGGAUAUUUUUAUUUAGACAGGCAAAUAGUAAUUGUAAUAAAAGUCCCAAUUAUUGUAUCCUACACCUAUGACCUUUAUAAAUUAGCCGUUGUCCCAAAUAAGAACCAUAAAGUCCUUAUUCCCACCUCUCCAUAUUUGGCAAUUUCUGGAAAAGACUCUAGGUACAUAGAGACAGAAUGUCCGAAGUUAAAUUCAUGGUUUCUCUGCAACUCAAAACCAGAUUAUAAGAAAGAUAAAUACGAUUGUAUCCAGCAGCUGAUCACCCAACAGGAGCUCAACCAGUCCUGUCCCUUAACUUCAGUCGUCCUACAAAAUGAAGCAUUAGAACAACUUGAUGAUAAGCAUUAUACAAUGAGCUUUCCAACUUUAACGAAAGUUAAAUUAUUCUGUGGACAAGAACAAUAUAGGACACUACAAGGCAGCUAUGUAGCAGUCAUUCCACUUAACUGUUACCUCAAGGCACCAGGAUUUACCAUUACUAAUAUGAAUAAUCGUAUAAAAGGUCACAUUGUCAAGAUAUUGGAAAUACCGCAAUAUAUCGAAUCCAAGAAUAUUGAACAGCCAACAUUAAACCUGGCCUCUACAGACCUCAACAGCUUUCAUAGUCUUAACACGAAGAUGUCUAUGCAGCCUCCAGUACAUCUUAAUCAAGACAAGGAUAUAAGUCUAUAUCAUACUACUAUACCUCUAUAUGUAGCAUUGAUAGUAAUGAUUAUUUUAAUUGGCAUUGUGACAUAUAGACGAAUGGGAAUUAAACCUGAAACAAAAGGACAUCCUGAAAAAGAACAAGUUCCUGAAAACCCCAGUCAAGUAAAAGUGAAUCCCGGACAUAUUUCAUCAGCAACUCUCUCACACAAAGUUCUCGAAUAG